UAGGAUGUGUGAGGGUGUGUGUGACUGUUUGUCACGGCGUUUAUUUUGUGUACACUUGAAUAUGGUCUUCUUUAGCUAACUCCUUCAAGCAUGAACUUCUUUUGCUUCACACUGGAUGGUUCCACGGAGAGCGUAUAUGAAGCAACCCAGCGUCCAUCACUGAAGGAAGUGUUACCCAAGUGCCAGUGUAGUCCUCUUCUCAGGCGUCGACCUCAGUGGACGGGCUCAGAUCCAAACAUAAGUUGUGUAGGUGUGCAACGCCCAAAUAAUGUCAGGUUAAAAAGAAACAAUAGAAGUUCUUGUAUCCCAACUUCAGCGUUGGACAUUGACUCAUCAGGAACCGAUUCUUCGUGCGGGACAGCAUCUGGUGUCAGUAGAGGCGGACAUGACCAGGAGACAGAGCAGAAGACAGCUUCCAGCCAAAGAAACACUUUGACAAGCGAAGUUCAUGUCAACGAGUUGAACUCUGGAAGGACAAAAACUAGUCCUCCGACUCAGGGUGGUCAAAGUGCAGACGACAAAGAAGAACAGAUGCCUUCAACAGCAGGAAGACUAAACUUGUUACACACUUUGCUGCAAGCCAAAAAGGGACAUCAGAAUGUUUCCGGAAAAGGAAAGAACCGGAUUGACAGGAGUCAUGUGACGGAUGUGUUAAGUGCCAGCAAGCCAGUGUUGACCUGUGUCGGCCUUGGCAGGCGAGCAGAGAAGAACUCCCGUGAAAGUGAUCAGCAGAUGCAGCAACAAGAAGUCAAAAGUCUCCAUGAAGACGAAAAGAAGGACGACGUUUGGAGCCCUACUAACUGUUCUCAGCCUUGGCCGCCGCUCUACCACACUUGCCACCAGCCUGGUUGUGACUUGUGGGUCUGUGACGGCAACUUGUUGCUUCCUCGGGCGACAGAAUGGGAUCGUUUUGAGAGCUUGAUUCAGGAACUGGACAGAAAGGAAUCUCAUCAUCUUUCUCCCGAAGUGAGCGACCGAACCCCAAAAGACAAAUGUAACAGAUUUGGAGCUUCAAGCACCCCCGUGGAGAUGUUGCCGUCCAUGAAGCUAGAACAUAAAACAGGCUGUUUGCUGGAACAGAAUGGUCACGCGUCAAAACCAAGGCAGAAGGAGGACUUACCUGACGCUGACAUAACGCCGACUGAGAGCACAGCAGGCCAAAAAAAUGGAGACAACAAAGCAACAGACGCAGAGAAGAAAGACUUCAGUGUCAGAAGGAAACUGGUGAAAGGACACAAGCUGUCCAGCACAUCACUGGAGAGCGUCUACAGCAGACAGAGCUCGUCAAGUGGAGUUACCAGCUGGUCGGACUGUUCCAGUAACAGAGACAGCCUGAGGCUGGAGGACGACGUUUUGUCCACAAGACAGUUCUGUGGUCGAGCGAGGGUCCACACAGAGUUUGUGCCAAGUCCAUACGACACGGAAUCCCUCAAACUUCAGGUUGGAGACGUGAUUGACAUUAUCCACAAGCCCGCCAUGGGAAUAUGGACUGGGAUGUUGAACAACAACAUUGGAAACUUCAAGUUCAUCUACGUGGACUUAACAGAGACGGGUCCUUCUGAGACACUUGGGGACGGGCGGAAUCGCAUUUCAAGACAGCAAUGUCGAUCCACAAUCAAUGAAGUGCUGAAGCACUUCAGCUUGGAGGAAUAUUCCACGUCUCUUCAGCAGAACGGUUACCAGACCGUUGAUGACUUGAUGAGGCUGAGGGAGCAUCACCUGCCUAAACUGAAAGUGUCCGAUCCGGAACACAGACGUUGUCUGCUAGCUGCUGUGGACUCUUUAAAACAACUGUGCUAUGAUUGUCACUUGGAGACCCCCAGCGAGCACAUGAAGGGAGACAUGAAGACCUGCCCGAGAGACUCCGGCUGCCACAUGUCGUCUGACGGCGAGGUCACGGAACAUAAUUUUCAUGACGACCUUGGAGCUGAUGAGAUGACAGCGUCAUGACAAGACGUCAUUGUCAGGUCACAUGACUUUUGGAAAGACACAACGCUCAUGUUGAGCUUCUAAUAUUUCAGCAUCUCCGUGGAACUCAACAUUUGAGGCUGGUCAAAUGUAAAUAAGGGAUUUCUAAGCAGUAGUUUGAAAAAUCUAAUGAGUAUGAUAUUUACAAAUGUGUUUUUGAUGUUCUGAAAGAAUAAUGAAUCUACUUGCAAUAUAUCAUGUGGGAAAAAAUAUUAAAAUUUGCUAAA